UUUUUUUUUUAUUUUUUUUAUUUUAUUUUUUGAGCAAAUUGAGUGGAUAGCGUUAUCCUUAUGAAUCAACCAUUUGCUCCCUUACAACCACAACAGCAGCUAUUUGUACCUCAGUCAUUCCAGCCUUUACAGCCUGUGUAUGGAGGACCAAAUACACAAGGCUAUUUUUCUUCUUAUUCUUCACGUAUAAAACAAUCCAAAGAUAAUGCACUUUUAUUACCUUCUAGUUAUAUUUCAGAAAAAAAACAUCGUCUCAUAGCCGAUGAUUCCGAUGAUGAUUUUGAAGAGUUCUUGGAAAACGAAGAAUAUGAAGAAUCAAAACAAACUACCAAUGCUGAAAAUUUUGAUCAAUCUAACUUACCCAAAGUCCCACACAAAAAGAAUUUCUUACUUCCUCCAACUCAAGAAUCUUUAAAUCGUGUUUCAGAAACAACAGAAAUCCUUGUACCUAUUCGUUUAGACAUCGAUCUAGACGAUGUAAAAUUAAGAGAUGUUUUUUUGUGGAAUAUGAAUGAACAAUACUUGACACCUGAAAUGUUUGCAGAGUUGCUUUGUGAAGAUUUGCAAUUGGAUACAACAAAGUUUAUAAAACCCAUUUCCGAAUCCAUUCGUGCGCAGGUGAUUGAUUUUGAAGCUGUUUAUGAAUAUGAAUUACCAAACGGAGGAAAUAAGAGAGUUGAGAUUAAUCUUGAUCUUCAGAUAGGGAAAGUAAAUUUACGUGAUAAGUUUGAAUGGGAUUUAGAUAAUGUACAUAGUAAUGCUCCUGAAGUCUUUAGUCGACAACUUGCGGCCGAAUUAGGAUUAGGAGGAGAAUAUGUUAGUAUAAUUGCUCAUGGAAUACGAGAUCAACUCUUUCGACAUCGAAAACGUAUUGUAGAAGAGUAUGAAGGACUGUAUAAAAAGGAGGAGCGCUUAGAAACAGGUUUCAGAAAGUUAGCAGAAGCAGCAAAUUGGGUACCUAAACUUGAGGUAUUAUCUAAUGAUGAAUUAGAGAAACUGUUAAUUGCACAAGAAAGAAAUAUUAGACGUCUUCGUCGUGAGACUCGAUUUAAGCGUACUAGACGAGCAAGACAAUAAUUGUACAUAGAUAAGAGAUAUUAUACAUAUACAUUUUCACAUGUAUAGACAAGUAUUUAACAAAUAAAGAACAAUGUGGAUAUAAUUAUAAAACAUGAUUUUCUAUCCUACUAAAUUAAAAUCUGGGCUUUCGAUAUAACAGCAAUUUAUUGUAUAUUAAAUAAUUGGUUUAGUUCCUUAUAAAAACAAAACAUUAUACAUGUAAGCGAAACCUUUUAGUUUAAGAUAUGACAUCAUCUUUUAUUAUUAUUAUCAUUAUUAUAUUCACAAAAAGAAGGUCAAGCUUGAUGUGGAAGAG